AUGGACAUUUCUACUAACUGUGGUUUAGCAGUCGUGCUACUGUCCUCGAUCGACGUCAGCGUUGAGAAGGAUUUGAAAGACGACGUGAAUCUCAACGAUCAUAAAGAAAACAACGAGACGACGGUCACGUCCAUCAAGAUCAACGACGUAGCAUUCAAGAACAGGACAGAUAAAUUACGGGAGAGUCAAUUGGAAAAAGUUCGUGCACUAUUGAGUAAUGGAAGUCGACAAAAUGCCAGCAGGGAACUCAUGCUACCGAAAAGCGCUGACAUCGCGAAGGUCAUAUCCGAUGAUCCUACUGGUGAUGAGGAAGGAUUGGAAGAAUUGCCUGAGCCACAAGAAUUGAGAAUUAUAAGACCCAACCUGCGGAAACGACCUGGUUAUCGACCUCCUCCAAGAAGACCAACUUCUCUAAAUCGAAGGAAUGUCUAUGCAGAUCUAUCGAGAACACCACUAAUAAGACCACCGAGACGGCCCACAGAAGUAAAACGAGAUCCAACAGAAAAAGAAUGUACUUUCUUCACGAAGACAGUUUGUCUCGAAAUAGCUGAUUACCCACACGAGGCGAUUACGAGGAGUCUGAGAGGCAACAAGGAGAUGGUCGCUGCAUUGUUGACUGAUUACAAGUCGCAAGAUUUUGACGAAUCUGCUGAAAGUCUUCCGAUUGCAUUGCCCCUGGAAAAUAAAUAUGAGAAUCGAUACGAGAGUAAUGAAAUUAGGAGAAGAUCCGAUGCAAGUUCAUCAUUUGAAAAUGUCGAAGAAGGUUUCACGUGUCCAUCCGUCAUCAAAUAUGCACGACCACAACUAGCUAGAGCCGCUUCCGGUAUUUGGAAAUACAUAAUAAACACCGGUGAACACACGCAAACUCUACGAAUGGAGAAAUGCUCAAACCCCCAGUCGAGCUGCUCUUUCAUAUCAGAGAACUAUCGAUCUUCUUGCAUGCAAGUGUACAAUUACCAUAGACUUUUAACCUGGGAUAAUAAAUUGGGUCUUCACAUGGAUAUUUUCAAAGUUCCAUCUUGCUGUAGUUGCCAUGUGCACGGUUACGCUGAUAUUUUUCCACCUCAUCAAAAGGACCCAUCACUCAGAAUUAAAGAAUCGUUUCCUGGAUCUGACUUCGCCACCAGCGAUCAAAAAGAUGACUUUGAAGAGUCUCCGAAAUUAAAUUAUUUAAACAAGUUCCCUUUCGAUUCAUCUCUUGGUGCAAGCAAUAAAAAACCUACAGUAGAAACUACCCCUAGUAGACCGCCGUUUAUUCUACCUGUAAGAACAAGACCAAAGAAACCUUCGUCUACAAGUUCAAGGCCAUUUGAUAAAUUGCCUCAGCAACACGCACCGAAUACUAGAGCACCAGGAUAUACUGGACCAUUACUGAAAGGUUCUAGACCAAGUAGACCCAAUAGACCACCAUAUAGAAGAGAAUCCACAUCUCAUGUUGAGGAACAAACCGAGACUGCGAACAGUACGAUUUUAAAUAGAUACAGUCAACCAUACGAUUUGCAAAUGGACGCAACGUCAAGGCUACAAAAUGGUGGUUUCGACGACGAGUACCAAGAACCGCAGAGGCGAAUCAAUUAUAAUUACCACCCGAUUAUCGACUUUUUCAGACCAGAAGCAAUGAUGUUACAAUCGUCUGAAGAUUCUUCGACAUCGGACCAAAACGAUUCCAAUUCGUGGAAACCUUUGAUUGCAUCUUGAGCGUAAUUUUGCUUCUUUUCGGAGUACCUGAUCGUUUCUUUCUUUUGUAAGAAAUUAAAAUUGUCGGAUGUUCGUCGUGUUUUAACGUUAAUCAACCUUGCAAAAACGAAAGUAUUAUAUAUAUAAUAAAUAUAUACAUCGGAAGUAGAUACUACAAUUCGACUUAUUGUUAGUGUCAUAGUUUAUUUUCUCUACUCGCUUGUAUUCGUUGGUGUCCUCCAAUUUCGAUUAAUAAAUCGUUUUUAUGAUGCGUUACGUGAAACAUGAUUUAUCAUGACAAAAAUAUGACAUUUAAGAAAUGAAAAUGUCGAAUACAAUUGCAAUAUGUGAUUCAUCCUUUGAGUUUAUAUUUUAUGAUCAUAUAUAGAAAAAUAAAUUAAAGUGAGGGUACUGACGCAAUACUUACGAUUAGUAUAACGGUAGUGAAUGUUUAACGCCUAUAGGAGUAUUACAAUCAUACAGUUGGGCAGGUGCAAUUGCAAAUACGUUGCAAUUAAGCAGCGUCGCGCGAAUUUUUAUAUAUUUAUUAUUCUGUACGUGUAUUAUUUAUAAAUCAUCGUUAAUAUAACGUCUAUUAUAAAAUAUCGCUAGUUGGAUAUAUGUGUUUCGCGAAUCAUUAAAUAAAUAAUGCAACAGCGACUCAAUGAUAGUUUCUUGUUCUUAAUA